UCUCGAUCUCAGCCUCGUCUAAGUGGCAAUGGAGGACCCAAAGUGAGGCCACCCAGAACACAUCGCCGUUAGGACAUGGAAGUCCUGCCAGGCAGGCUCAGUCCAAAUCGCCUGAUACCAUUCAACUGAAGGCGAUAACCCAAGGACACAUCGCUGAGGACACAGCCGACUUUAGCGACACCUUCGUAUUCAUGGUAGACUCGUGUCAGACAAGUCAUAACUCACACAAGGGGACCAACUGACACUGUGGCGAUGACGUCCAUUCCUCAAAAGAAAUCAGAGCGGGAGCUGCAUGAACUCCUUGAACACGUGGACCUUCUCGAGUACUACGACAAAUUCAUUGAGAUAGGCGCAGACAAUGUGCAGCAGCUUUGUGACUUGACGGAUGAAGCGUUUGGAGAAGUCGCUGAUCUGGUAGAGAUGACCAGGAAGCCCCUUCACGUGAAGAGGUUCAGGAAAGCACUGGAGCAGUGGAAGGGACACACAGGCACAUGUGGUUCAGGAACAUCCACGAGAGAGACGGCUACGGCAGCAUGUACAGAGCAGGCUAAAUGAGACAAGAGAAUGAAGACAGGCCCAUCACUCCUCCAAAGCGUUUCCUGUGCGCUUAUGAAGGACUUAUACGAUUUUAUUGCCAGCUGUGAAUUGCGAACUAAUGCAUCGUCAGUUUAGUGUUCACGUCUUUGCAAGUGUGCUUCCAGCAGCAGAUGGACGUUCAUUGCAUCUAAAGGACUCUGGUCCCAUUGGCAUGUUAUUUGACGAGGUAUGUACAGCAGGUAGUUUGUCUGCAUUAUAGUUGUUUUUCUUAUACGUGAUUGUCAGCCUUUCGUUAGAGUAACCGUACUUUUUCAGCGGUCGCUUCUCCCUUUUGGAGUUACGGGGUUUAGGUACACAAAGCUAUCCCUUUUGCCGGACAAAUUACGGCAGACAAUCACUAAGAUACACCACAUCGUCAUUACUUAACCACUAUACUGAACAAAACGUUAACCCAGUUCUGAUCACCAAAAGGGAACUUUCUAAAUUCCUCUUGAUAUAUAACUAAUAUUUCUACUGUUGUCGUUAUUUUGUAGAAAGCAUUAUGAUUGUGUGUGUGUGUGUGUGUGUACAUAAUAGUUACCAAACUUGUCACUACCUAUGCAAUUGUUGCUGUUGUAUCCUAAUUAGGCUGUUUCAUAUAUUGUUCUUCAGCACUUGCAUACACAUAGUAUCAAAAGAAUGCCAGUGUGUCAUUCCUAUAAUGGCUGCACAACGUAAAAAAGUUGAUGGAGGAGCCUCUGUCAAGCCUCACUUAGUUUUUGCCCCUCCUCCCUCCGUUAAGGAAAAAUAAACAGAAACUGAAAAUGAAAAUUGAAAAGCGGUGUGGCGCUUAGGGUUCACGCAAGUGUACAGCUGCUUGUCGCUGAUACGCCGCCAUUGCCGCGGAAGAUGCAGACGUGAUGGGUUCGUACGCUGCGUCCGACAAAGCGUGCCUCAUUACACUGGGCCACGUAAGGCACACCGAGAAAUACAGUGCAUAACUUAAAAGAAAGUGAACGCAUUUGCGUGCUCCGAUGCCCAUGAUUCGAGAACCAUGGCAGCCUAUAGUCGUGCUUUCCGUUGCUCCACCACGCAAAAUGUACUGUCAAGGAUCAUCCACCUACGUCUACUGAAAUUGUGUCGCAUUGUGUACACGUUUGUCAGUGCGCCAUAUGGAACCGUGUACUCAUUUUUGGUGGUGUAAAUUUGAUUGCGUGGUGACAGUCCAGGCCACAGCCAAUAUAUUUUCCGUGGGAACUCCGGAUGCGUGGCUUGAGGGAUGAGACAGGGUUUGGAGUAAUGUCCAAUGCCCUCUUGUUGCUCCCCGCAGGAUAUUUUAGGUGUUGUUUCAAUUCAUUGGGCAUGAUGUCGUGAUUUUUGCAUCAUAUUAGUAGGAAUCUGUACCAUGUUCUUAGGCAGAGCACUUAAAAAUAAAUUAAACGAAGUACUAUAUGAAG